AACCUGAAGUGCUGUAGUCAGUGAAGUCCUGUUCUUUUCUCGCUGCCAGCUGUGGACGGAGGCGGAGGAGUUCUAGGGUAAAUUAGCUACGAACCCUGGACGAUGUGCUAAAUGGAGGAAUACAAUGGUCGUUUGGCUCCUCAAGCUGGGUGUUAACAGAUACCUUCAAACGUUCAAGCUUCUCUUUCCAGUUAUAAUUUGAAGGAUUUGUUAAUUAUUACACUGACUGCUUUUUUUGGUCGUUACGCUAACCAGCCACAUGUGGCAGGUGUGGCACAUAGCCUACUUCAUAAGCCCUAUCCAAGUAGGCCUAUUCCAUUGAAAACCCACAGGAUUAAACUUUAUGUUGAACUUGUUUGUCACACAACCGCAUUGCUUAUGCCAAAUAUAACCUUUUUAUUGGUAACAAGAAUUGAUGUCACACAGCCUGUCUUUACGGUCUAUAAUGGAUGAACUUGAUAAAGACUUUCUAGUUGCGUUAAGUUUUUUGGACGAUGACGACUUGGAUUUGUAUCAAUCUCUUUCUGCGCUCUCCGUGUCCCAGCCAACUUUCCCCACGGCGCCUCCAAUCAGUGCUGGCCCUCAGGACCAUUUUUAUGAGACGCUAGAUGGCGCAACAGCUACUGCCCCUGCUCCAGAACCGUACUAUGAAGUGCUGCAUGGGCUCGAGGAUUACACAGACACAGAGCAGGUGCCCACGAGAGAGGCAUUCAUUGCCGCACCUGGGGCUGCCAUGCCGCCCCCGGUGCCUCCACGGAGAAGGUUUCUGAGUGUUCAACAACGGACCGAGAGACCGCACUCCUGUGAUUUUUCGAGGAAAAUCGUACGAACCGCCACAUCUGUCGACUCGAGGGACGUUGCAGACGACAACUGGACUAUCAGACUAAUUGAUAGCCCUCAGGGGAGCAAUAUUCGAAUAUCCUGUCUGUGUGCCUCAACAACAAGGCUAAUGUGCCGAUACCCCCACAACAACCCUGACUAUAACACCGGUUUGGUGUGGGGCAGAGUGUUCCCUCUUCACACGUCUCUUUUGGAGACAGCUGAGUUAACCUUCAACGUAUCCACGCCGUGGUUCUCACAACUACCGGUUCCCACUCCGUUAAACAGGACAGUGCUGGACUUUAUUCAGGAGAUUUGCAUUUUGUUGGACAAGCCGCCCAGUGCCGGUGAACAGUGCCUCAUGAAGCUCUGUGACUCUGAGGAGUACCUGAGAAAUGAUGAGAUUCUAGGACAGUGCGAGAGCAUUCAGAAGUAUCACAAGUUCUCUUUGGACAUGCCUGUGAGAAUUGUGCAACAUAGCAAUGUGGCAAAUCGACUGUGCAGAGAUGAGGAAGAUGACAACCAACCAUUUCAUUUAAAUAAUCUCUUGCGGUCUGCGAGUGUCUUCAACACAUCACGGGUGGUUCUACAGCAGAAGCUGCGUUGCUACAAAGACGAGGUGAACCAGCUCUUGAGAACUCAGUCUGGGGACAAUGUAAACCAGAUAGUAACAGAGGUGCGGACCAUCUGUAAUCUACUGUCCGGCAUUUCCACUGUACAACUGGAGGAGGCCAUAGGCACUGUCAAGAGAAUAACGCCCAAGAUGCUGAGCCCGCCAGAGAUGAGUGACAUAGAGACAGGUGUGGUGAUCCUGCACCAAGCUCUGGAGAAAUUUCUCUACAUCUUCUUUGACAACUUCCACUCAGACUUCCGAGUUGAGGACGCGAAUCACAUUCUCCCCAAGGCUGACGUCGGCCUCAACACGGGUACUCUGCAGUUCAACCUCGCCGCCCUCUACAAACUAGAACACAACUGGCUCACCAGUCUGGAUUUGUUUAGCCUGUCGUGCUCCCUGACGUACGGAGGCAAGAACCUCUGUGAGCCGGUGGUAUCUGAGAACAUCAGCACCGCUCUUUCCAUAGGCAACAAGCUCCGCUGCAACAGAAUGGUGGUAUUUCCGGUCCAAGUCCGAGAUCUUCCCUAUGAAUCCAUGCUGACGUUCCGUCUGUUUGGGUCCAAACAGGGCAAAUCCCAAGAGCUUCUGCGCUGGGCAGUCCUACCCCUCUACACUAACAGGACUCUGGUCUGCGGCACCACGCUGCUCAGCAUGUCCAUGCUGGUGGAGGUCAGCACGCCUCCGUCGCCGGCCCUGUCGGACAACCACCGCCAGCCCAGCGGGGUCAUCCUGCAGGUGGAGUUCCCAGAGCUGAAACAUUGGACAUAUGACAGACCUGUUGCUCUGCCCGGGUCAGUGUUGUUCACAGAACCUUGUUUGGAGCUCAAAAAAAGAAUUGUAGAGGUUUCCCAGAAUCAUUGCUUUCAUCUCCUGACAGAGAACGAGCGAGCCCUGCUGUGGUCCAAGCGCCACUCCUGCAGUGAGCAGAACAGCCUGCUGCACCUAGUGCUGGGUGGCGCCCCCCAGUGGCGACCGCAGGACCUUACGGAGAUUUACACCAUCCUGGAGCACUGGAACCUGCAGUCCUCAGAGGAGGCUCUCUUCCUGCUCAGUGACAGUUUUCAAGACCAGACUGUCCGGAUGGCCGCUGUGCAAUACUUUGAGCAUGUAUCAGACGGGGAGCUGGAGGAGUUUUUGCCACAGCUGGUGCAGGCUCUAAAGAUGGAGUGGGAGCUGGAUGGGCCUCUGGUGACACUGCUGCUGAAGCGCUCCCUAUGCAACGUGCGCAUCGCUCAACAGCUGUACUGGCUGCUGAUGGACGCUCAGGAGGAUGCGCACUACCGCAGCUGGCUCAGCAAGGUGAUGGCGGCGCUGAGGCACUGCUGCGGCCGCGUCCUGAGGGUGGAGCUGGAACGAGAGAGCCAGCUGCUCGGACUGCUUGUCCAGCUGGCCGACAAGAUUCGAGCCACCGACAAGGCCAGGAGGAAGGAUGUUUUGAACAGCGGCAAGUGGAAAAUCGAUAAGUUCUUUAAAGGAGGGGUGUCCUGUCGGUUACCACUAGACCCUGCCAUCAUGGUAACGGGGGUGGACAUGGAUGCCUGUAAGUUCUACAACUCCAACACUGCGCCUCUAGAUGUGUCCUUCUUCACCGUUGAACCUCUUGGCAAAAAUGUCCACGUCAUCUGCAAGACUGGAGAUAACCUGCGGCAGGACAUGCUGGUGCUGCAGAUCGUGCGUGUGAUGAACAGGGUGUGGCUGCAGGAGGGGCUGGACAUGCGCAUGGUCACGUACAGGUGCCUCUCCACAGGCAAAAACCAGGGGCUGGUGGAGGUUGUGCCAGAUGCAGUGACCUUGGCCAAGAUCCACCUGGAGUUUGGUCUCGGGGGCGUGCUGAGGGAAGACUCCCUGGAAAAAUGGUUCCAUAUGAGGAACAAAACAUGGGAAAACUAUGAGGAGGCCGUUAUGAACUUCCUGCACUCCUGCGCGGGCUGGUGCGUGGCGACAUUCGUACUGGGCAUCUGUGAUCGCCAUAAUGACAACAUCAUGCUCAAACACAGCGGCCACAUGUUCCACAUCGACUUUGGCAAGAUCAUGGGCAACGCCCAGAAGUUCGCCUCCAUUAAAAGGGACCGGACCCCAUUCAUCUUCUCUUCAGAGAUGCAGCACUUUAUUACAGGAGGGGGGGAGAAUCCGCAGCGAUUCCAUCGGUUUGUGGAGCUAUGCUGUACAGCGUAUAAUGGACUGCGAAGACGUAGUGUCCUGGUGCUAAGCCUGCUACAGCUGAUGCUGGGUGCAGGCAUGCCCGAGAUGAAGGAUGUACAGGACCUGCAGUAUGUGCACAGCAACCUCAGACCUCAUGAUUCUGAGCUGGAGGCCACAGCGUACUUCACACAGAAGAUUAAGGAAAGCAUGGGGAGUUUCCCGGUCAAGCUCAACUUCCUCAUCCAUAACAUGGUCCAGAUUCCAGCCAAGAAGACCACAUUGCCCUCGGCCCCUGUGCAGGCGUCCUCUCCCAGCACAAACAUCCAAGAGGUCGUCAUCCAGAAGUCCCGGGUGAAAGGAAAAGAUGUGACCUUUGAAGUAAGAGUGACCAUUGAUGAUGGGUUCCUCAUCAGUGAAAAAACCUUUGGACAAUUUGAGCUAAUUCACAAAAAGCUGCAGAAGCACUUUAUAGAGUCUGCUCUUCCACAAUUCCCCCGGUGGUUUAAUAUGUCUUUUACAGCAAACAGAAAAAUGACUCUGCUCAACAAAUAUCUGAAGGAGCUGUUCGAGGGUCCAUGCAAAGGUAAUGAGUUUGUCUGCAGCCUGUUCCUGGAUGGACCGGCUACAACGAUGAAAGAUCCAACUGGUCCAUCCAAACCCCAGAUUCAGCUCCUCAUGUCUUACAAAGACUUGAAACUCUCGGUCAUGGUCAAGCACCUAAAGAACAUUAGAUUGCCAAAUGGCUCGUGUCCUGAUGCCUAUGUGGUCACUCGCCUCAGACCAGACCAGCACAACACUUCAAAGAAAAAGACCAAAGUGGUGAAAAACAACGACAACCCAACAUUCAACGAACUGAUUGAGUACAGAAAUAUCCUGAGUCUCCACGAUCGUGUGCUGGAGGUGACGGUCAAGAGCAAGAAGAACUUUGUGGCGGCGACCAACAUCUUCCUGGGAGAGAGAAAGAUGGACGUUGAGGAGUGGUACCCGCUUGGACACAGUCCCAUUUAAAAAAAAAAAAAAAAAAAAAAAACCUCACUGGAGUGUGUUUUAGCCGUGCGGCCACCAGAUGGCAGUCCACACCUCUGGUAAAGUGGCACGUGAAAAUGCCUGCACAUUCAUUUUGUAGCCAGGCAGACAGACUGACUAGGCUGGAUGGAGUUGUUACAGAAGAAGCAUCUCCAUGGGAGAGAACUGUUUACAGGAGUCAUCUGUUCAUAUUUAACUGCUGUGUGAACAUCCAGGAGAAAUAUGUAGCACUUGAGUACAUUUAAUGGCUACAUGUAAAGCGUAGAGAGACGUAUGAUGUGUAUAUAUUAUGAAAGUAUUUUUUUUGUGGUUUUAACACUAUAUUGUGCAAACUCCAGGUCAUCAUCAUAGCUGAAUACUAGGAGCAUUUAUAAAACAUAAUAUAGCUUUUUUCCUCAGACAGAGAACUGGCUCCGUUCAAAGCAUUUCGACCAAACAAAACACGGUUCGAAACAUGGCACUUUGGUUUGGUGUUUUUUUCCUGUGAACCAGAGUGGUCGUGUCAUUCUGCCCUUCAGAGGGGAGAAAGCUAAAAGCAUAAGUUUUCCGUUCAUAUCAACUGUUGUCAUGAGUAAACUAAAGGGCAAUUGCGCGCAAAACAAUCACGUCCAUAAGGCCAACACAAUGCCAUUGUAUUUAGUUGCCGUUAUGGACGUGACAGUUUUGCGUGGAAUUGCCCAAAACUAGUCAACUGACAUUACACUGCAGACGUUGACUGGCAUUUUCCUGCUGUUUUUACGGGGCUACUGUUCAUAUCAUUCUCCCGUUUAUGCAUAUCAUUAACUUUUGUUUUGCAUGCAACACCCAUUGUUGAUGACGCACUCUUGGUUCGGUGGAAACUGGUGGAAAUGCAGGCUGAUUCACUAAAUAGCACCAAGGUUCAAAGAAUUCUGAACCUCUUUGUGGUUCCUGCCCUGUGUGAAGAACUCUUUGUGGUUCCUGCUCUGUGUGAAGAACUCGGAGUGGUUUGUGGUUCCUGCUCCGGGUGUUGAAUAGAUGCCUUUUAACUGCAUGGUGGCUUUUGAAAUGGCAUGUCCUGCGUCAGCACACACACACACACACACACACACACACACACAUUCCCUACAGGCCCCACAGCUGGCCCUAAAUCUGCUCCCUCGUGUCACAGCGUCAGCCACUGGUGCCAUUUACAAAGAGCAGGGGGACAGAGAGCAGUCCCUGUGGUCAGCUCUCCUACACAGCCUCAGCCUAUUAUCGAAAUAUCCCGACAUGCCGCCACUAGGCUCCGGAUCAUUAUGAAGGAUUAGACUAAUGAUGUAGCCACUGUGUGUGUGUUGUUUUAAUUGUAUGCGUGUGUAUUAUUUAACAUGCUAUUUAUAUCACCACUGUGCCUUUUCCCUUCAUGUGAACUGAAAACCUGCAAUGACUGUCUUGUGUGUGUGUGUGGGUCUGUGUGGAUGGGGUGUAUUAUUUCUACUGUCUGUUUUUAGUCAUUGUUUUCUUUGCUGUGUGUGUGUGUUUUUUUCCUGAUGUUUGGUGCCAGAAGUCCGGCUCUAAUUGCUCUCACAAACCACCGUGAGGCUUGUAAUUACCUGGACAUGAGGAGGAGGAGGAGGGGAGGUCCAGGCGUGUAUGUUUGAGACGAUUGUGUCUUGGAUAAAAAAAAAUGCAUUCUUAGCA